GUCAACUUAGGUGUUCACUUCGAAGAAUUUUGUUUGAUACAUGAAAGUGAACCUCUGUUUUCGAUAACUUACUUAGCAGCUAAAAAUCUUUCUUCUGAGUAAUGUUUUCCACCCUAGCGGGUAAAACGUCCUUGUUUCGCGUCGCGGUCCUCGGAAUUGGAGGAGUGAGUUGCUGUUUGUUGUGGAGGGCGAAGAAUGAAAAUUCAUCUUUCAAUGUAGUUGCUGCAAAGUCUCGCGACAGCGCUCCUGGGCUGACACAAACUCGGCGUAAGACAAAGUUUGAUCAGUUUGCUUCCAUUGAAGUGGACGGGCGGUACUUCAUGACUCCAGCUGAUUUCCUUGAAUCUGUCAUGAACAAGGAUUCACCAGGAUGGAGUAGGAAGAGACCAUUAACAAAGGAAGUUCUUUCUCAGAUGGUCUAUAAUACACCCUCAAUAUCAAAGGGAUCUAGGAAUUUUUUUCGAAAGCUACAAGAUAAUGGAGUCAUCACCUUCUCUGAAUAUUUGUUCCUUCUUACCAUUUUAACAAAAUCUCAAAGAGGAUUGGAAAUUGCUUUCAAAAUGUUGGAUAAAGAUGGCAAUGGUCGACUUUGUAUGGAAGAAUAUUUUGUGCUUGAGGAGAUGAUUAAUAAAAAGUCUUCUGCAAAGUCAAUGGCAAUACGUGAAAAUGAAAAGGAAAAUCAUGGCUGUCCUGAGAAAACCACACUAACCAUGCAUCUGUUUGGCUCCAAAGGAACUGGCCAACUUACCUUCACGCAAUUCUCCAAGUUUAUGCAAGAUGUUCAGCUAGAAGUCCUUGAAAUGGAAUUUAUGGAAUAUUCGAGAGGAAUGCCAACCAUACCAGAGGACAAUUUUGCUCGCUUGCUGCUGAGAAAUACUUCGCUGGAAGAAGAAGAAAUAGAAAAGUACUUGAACAGACUUGGAAAGAGACUGUCUCAGCGAAAGGGAAUUACUCUCGAGCAGUUCCUGAGGUUCGGAAUGUUUCUUAACAAUCUGGAAGAUUUCUCAUUGGCCAUGAGAAUCUACUCUAUUGCUGGGCAGGCCGUCACACAAGAGGAAUUCCAGCGAGCUGUCCGUAUCUCAACAGGGCAGACAUUGGACCCUUACGUAGUCCACACAGUAUUUCAGCUAUUCGAUAAAGACGGCGAUGGUAAGUUAAGUUACAGCGAGUUCAUAGAGUUGAUGAAAGAUCGCCUCAAACGUGGAUUCAUGGUCCCGGCGUCAGAGAAGACCGGCUGGCUGGGUUUCAAGCAGUGUAUCAAGAAAGAGAUGUCCUUGUAGCAAGGUCGGGGAUUUGCUGUUAUUUAUUACAAUUCCACCUCCUGGUUUGGCGUAAACUCUGAACCAAACCUAAUAUUCGCAACGCUCUAGAAAUGAACACUGAAUUUUCUGUGCACGAAUGGAGGAAAUCAAAGUAACUUGCCCAUAAAAUUGAAUAUCAACUAAAGUUAAAGGAUUUGUUUCAGCUGUAUCUAAAAAGUAUUGAUUAUUCUAUCGAGAAGAAAUGGGUUUGCAUUCAACGAAAACCGAAUGUACACCCCAAAUAUUUGCGCGACAGUUUUAAAGGUUUCAAAACUUUUAAUGUUUAUUUAACUGUAAUUUUUUCGUGUUCGGCUCCUAGAGCCUCACAAGAAAUUGGAUGAAAAUGGACACCAUUGCCUUCUUUCGGAUUAAAUUCCCGAAAAGAUUCGA